GUCUUCCAAUCCAACAAAGCCAAGGAAAGGAAAGGGACCUCAGUCCUAACUCCUAACUUCCCCUCUCCUCCCACAUGGCGCACCGCUCUCCGCCGCCGACGCCAACGCGUGAGACGGGCGGCGAGUGGUCGGAGACGGAGAAGCCCCCCACCAGCGCCCCGCACUCGCCUCCACCGCAGUUCUCCACUGCCGUCGUCGUCGCCUCCGUGCCCCACGCCGCCGCCGCCAGGUACGUGCCCCCGCGCGCCGCGUCCCGCACCGCGGACACCGGCCGCGCCGGGGGCGGGGGAUGGUACUCGUGGAACGGCGGCCGCACCGCCGCCCCGGCCCCUCGUUCCCGUCCUGCUCCGCCGCCAACGCGGCAGCGGGCGGAGGAAGUGCCGCCGCCGCCGCCGCCGCCACCACCGGUUCCUGCGCCCGCUCAAGCUCCUCCACCGGCUCCCGCUCCCGCUCACGCUCACGCUCCGCCCCCAGCCCCGGCCCCGGCUAGGUCGAUCGACCGGGUGGUACCCAACAUCAUGUCGCGCAAGCGGCGCGCGGCGGCCAUGCAACGCACCGCGCUGGUGGCGCGCGGCGCGGCCGCUUGCCUCUGCCUCGCUGCGCUCGCGGUGCUCGCCGCCGACACCCGCAAGGGCUGGGCCCUCGACUCCUACAGCCGCUACAUCCAGUUUCGGUACUCGGAGGCGGUGAACGUUAUCGGUUUCUUGUACUCGGUGUUCCAGUUCGUCGCGCUUGCGGUGCUCAUGAGGAAGAACAAGCAUUUGAUUCCCCAUCCCAGACGUGAUCUCUUCGACUUCACCAUGGAUCAGGUACUCGCAUACCUUUUGAUAUCGUCAUCGUCAUCAGCAACUGCUCGAGUAGGUGAUUGGAUCGACAACUGGGGGAGCGACCCCUUCCCGAACAUGGCGAAUGGCUCCAUUGCCGUAUCUUUCCUGGCGUUCUUGGUUUUCGCUAUCUGCUCCCUCAUCUCUGCAUACAAUCUGUUCCGCCGAGAUAUGUAGCUGCUCUUGUCAACAAACUUGUUGCCCUUUCGUUUCUGGACAAAGUUUUCAGUGCGGACUUUAUUGUGCUGUAGAUGUAUAAAUAUGAUCAUGGUAUGGCAAUGGGAAUUCUAGACC